GCGCCGAUAUCAGGGUUAUGGAGUCUUUCCACCCCGAGACCCCGUCAACAUCCGUCAAACUCCCGAAGCCCCGCCGCCGUCGGGCUGAUUGAUGGUUUGCUUAUAAUUUGUACAGUACAUACCCCAUACUACGUAUUUGAUAUCCUUCUCCCAGUCUCCAUCGGAGCUGCCCCAGAAUUGGCGGUACCCCAUGUCGCCCGAAGAGACGCCGCUUCUCCAGAAAGACGGGGGGCCGGCCGAGUUCGGCCCCUGGCCGCCACGGCUGCCCCAGAACAUCGGGCACCGGGGCUACAAGGCGGCGUACCCGGAGAACACCAUGGCAUCCUUCCGCGGGGCCGUGGAGGCGGGUGCUCAUGCCAUCGAAACGGAUCUCCACCUAUCCCGGGACGGCGUGGUCGUGCUGUCACACGACCCCACGCUCAAGCGCUGCUUCGGGGUCGACGCCCGCAUCGCCGACUGCGACUGGUCGUACCUGAGCACCCUUCGGACGCUCCAGCACCCGCGCGAGGGCAUGCCCCGGCUGGCCGACCUGCUCGAGUGGCUGGCCACCGCUGCCGCCUCGUCCGACCUGCCCGCCGCCGCCUCCGUCUGGCUGCUGCUCGACAUCAAGACUAACGACGACCCGGAGCGCCUGCUCCCCGCCGUCGCGCGCACCAUCGCUUCGGCCCCCCCGCCGCCCGGGGGGGACAUGAAAGGGUGGAAGAAAAGGAUCGUAAUUGGGGCGUGGAAUGAACACUACAUCCGCCAUGCUCGCCUGCACCUGCCGGGCCACCCACUCGCCUACAUCGGCUUCUCGCUGCUCUACGCCCGCCGCUUCCUCUCAGACGAGUACUCGGACGUGCACUUCAACCUGGCCCAGCCCACCCUCGUCGGGCCCCUGGGCGCCGCCUUCCGCGGGGCCGUCCGCGCGCGUGGCCGGCGCCUGUUCAUCUGGACCGUCAACGAGCCCCGCUGGAUGGCCUGGGCGGUCAGCAAAGGCGUCGACGGCGUCGUCACGGACGAGGUCGUGCGGCUGCGGGCCGUCUUAGACCGGCCUUCUUCGUCUUCGUCUCCUUCUUCUUCUUCUUCUUCUUCUUCUCCUUCUUCCGCCUCUUCUGCUUCCGAUAUCGAGGCGGAGGCGAAUGGGAACGCGGAGGGGCUUGAGGUUGGGAUUGGAGUCGGGCCAGGCGACGGCAUGCGGUGGCCGCGCACCAUCCGACUGUACCUCGUGGCCAUGCUCUGGCAGGUCGGCGCCGCGCUGCUGACCAUCCUCCUGUGGUACCCCUUGAACACGAGGGGUCGGCCAAAGAAGGGCAGGGGCGCGGGGCAGCUCGGCGGUGCGACCUUGCCUGUCAAGGCGUAGUGAUGGAGUACGACUGUAGUAAUGGUUCCUCUUUCCCCCCUCCCAAUUCUGUGCUCUUGUUCGUUCUUCCUCUAGCCAUGUUACGCAUGGCGGCAAUUAUUAGCCUAGCACGCUUGGGAUUCACGGACACGACCCCGUACACAGAGCUCCCGAGCACGCCAAACAGGUCGCUGCACUACAUAGUAGGCACC